UACACAGUCACUAUGCAGUCUUCAGUGACAUCAUCCGCCACGCUGCUCAGCUUGUUGAGACAGUCAUCGAGCAGACGCACAGCACAGACAUGCCGUCUUUUCUCUUCAUAUGGAAACUCACAGCGAUCUUCUUCGAAGCGUGAGUUGCAGACUGCUACCGCAUACCGUCCACACAGUCUGCCCACUUCCUUCCCGCCACCUCGGAGCCCGGGGUCGUCCGACACCUCCAUUGCCGCAGACUUCCCCUCCUUCCGCGAGAUGACCUCGCCUCAGCUUCCUGGCCAACAAGCCUAUUCUCCGAACAUCAACCUCAACGAAGCCGAAUCACAGAAGCCCAAGCCCGUCGAGACCUCUCCCGCCACUACCGCUAAGCCCGUCGAGAAGCCCCGCAGAAAACUUCGCGCCCGCAAGGCUGCUAUGAAGCUGACCCCGGUGGCCAUUGAGCAACUCCGUAAACUCUUGUCUCAGCCAGAACCCAAACUGAUCCGCGUUGGAGUCAAGAACCGAGGCUGCUCUGGCCUCGCCUACCACCUGGAGUACGUGGAGAAGCCGGGCACUUUCGACGAGGUUGUGGAGCAAGACGGUGUCAAGGUCUUGAUCGACAGCAAGGCUCUCUUUAGCAUAAUCGGAAGUGAGAUGGACUGGCAAGAAGACAAGCUCAGCAGGAAAUUCGUCUUCCGCAACCCCAAUAUUAGUAAGCACAAUCUGAAAAGCACAAUGCCGACGCCGACGCUUCUCACUCCUGAUCGCAUGCUCGACCUCAAUGAUUCCACCUCAACCCCCCUUUACGUCAUCAUCCGCUUCUCAGCCUCUAUCCCCGACCUCCCCCUCGACAUCUUCUCCCCCGAGACCACCACCUCCGCCGGUCUGAAACAACUCAUCCGCACACGUCUCCCACCAAAUCUCUCCUCCCACCGUCUCCGUCUAAUCUACGCUGGUCGUGGCCUCGAAGAUGCCACCCCGCUAGCCGCAUCUCUCAAACUCCCGCCCUCCUCGUCCGCCCGCUCCACCCCCCGGCCCCCGGAGGACGACGAAUCCACCACAACCUCCAAGGGCAAAGGCAAGGCCCCUGUCCGUGAUCCACCCCGCCUGUAUAUCCACUGCUCCAUCGGCGACAUCGUUCUCUCCGCCGGCGACCUCGCCGCCGAAGCGGCCAUCGCAUCCACCAUCCGGCAACCGCAGGACUCAGAUUCGGGAGAUGAAGACGGCAAUGAUGGAUCGCCAACUGGCUCUCGGCGUAAUAGGCAUCAAGGGUCCUCGUCUUCGGCAUUGGACUCCGCUGGAGGGACGACGACGCCCGCGCCCCGCGGAUUCGACCGGCUGCUGGCGGCCGGGUUCACGCCCGCGGAGGUGACGGCGCUGCGGUCCCAGUUCAUGGCCAUCCAGGCGGUUUCGCGGACGCCGGAUACGAUGCCCAGCGGUGCGGAGUUGCGCGAGAUGGAGGAUCGGUGGAUGGAUGAGGGGUCGUCGGCGAUGGCGGCCGGGGGAGGAGCCACGGGCGGUGGUGGUGCCGGGGGUGGUGGGGAAGGGAUCUCGUUUGCGGACGACGAUGGUGGGUUCGGGCCUGGGUCGCGGGGCGCGAUGGACGAUAUGCUUUGGGGGGCGGUGAUGGGGUUCUUUUGGCCGGUGGGCUGUGCGAUGUGGUUGCGGCGAGAGGAAGGGGUCUGGAGUUGGCGGAAGGGGUUUGCGGUGUUUGUGGGGGUGGUGGUUAAUGUUGCCUUCGGGGCGAUGCGGAUCAUGAAUUAGUGUUUCUGGGUGGUGUUCGGCUCUUUUGUUUUGUUUUUCUUCUGGUCUACUCCGUACUUGAGCGGGAUACCCUAUUGUGUUUUUCUUUCUGGCGCUUUUUCUUUCUUCUGUUUGAGUUUGGUUGGAGUAUUCAGUGCGUUCCAUGUAGUGCUGGACACAGUGGUCUUUGAUUAGAGCUGGAAGAGUGCUAUCAUACAAAAUUCCGUGGAGGAGUCUGCUAAUGCAGACGUGUAUAUGUCGUUAAC